AUGUUUAACUUUCAUAGAUUUUUUCUUGGUGGAUUUGGUUUUAUUUAUGCAACUGGCAUUACAUCUGAAGAUAUAAUGUACAAUACUCUUCCGCUUUAUCAUUCGCUCGGAGGUUGGAUUGGCAUUUGUUAUAGUCUUUUAGGUGGUUGUACAACGGUAUUACGUAAAAAAUUUUCAGCUUCAAAUUUUUGGAAAGAUUGUAUUAAACAUAAAUGCACAGGUUUUUCAUAUGUUGGUGAAUUAUGUCGAUUUUUACUUGCUCAACCACCUAGUGAAUAUGAUCAAAAACAUUCUAUUCGUCUUUGUGCUGGUAAUGGACUUCGACAAAAUUUAUGGAUACCAUUUACUGAACGAUUUAAUAUGCAUAACAUUUAUGAAUUUUAUGCUGCAACUGAAAGCAAUGCUUAUUUUUUUAAUAUUGAUUGUCAUCCAGGUGCUUGUGGUUUUUUUUCUGUACUGAUACCUAGUCUACUUGGUUCUGUUCUUGUUAAAUUUGAUUCUGAAACAAUGGAACCAUUACGUGAUGCAAAAACAAAAUUAUGUGUACGAUGUAACAGAGGUGAACGUGGUUUACUAUUAGGUAUGAUUAAAAAAAGUUUAUUAAAUGCAUUUGAUGGUUAUGUUAAUAAUCCAUCUGGAACAAAUCGUAAAAUUGUUGAGAAUGUUUAUAAAAUAGGUGAUCGAGCAUUUAAUACAGGCGAUGUUAUUUUUGCUGAUAAAUAUGGAUAUUUUUAUUUUUGUGAUCGUACAGGUGACACAUUUCGUUGGAAAAGUGAAAAUGUUUCAACAAUUGAAGUUGAAAAUAUUCUUAUGAAUAUUCUUAAAAAAAAUGAUAUUGUCGUAUUUGGAGUUUCAAUACCAGGAUUUGAUGGAAAAGCAGGAAUGGCUGUUAUGCUUGAUGAUCCCUCAAUAUCAAUCGAUUUGAAUACAUUAGUAAACGAACUUAAAAAACAAGGAUUACCUCAAUAUGCUCGACCUUGUUUUAUCCGUUUGACAAAAAACAUUGAAUUAACAGGUUGA